GGCACAGAGCAUCAAAUCACCCUCAGAGAAGCCAGCAAUUACGCACUCACCCUGAUCAAACUAGGGCGCUACGCAGAAGCCAGGGCAUUUACACGCAAUAGAAUGCCCGUAGCCAGCCGCGUUCUCGGAGAUAAUAACGACAUCACGCUCAAGAUGAGGAGGACUUACGCGAUGGCACUUUACAGGGACGCCGGCGCCUCGCUCGACGAUGUCCGCGAGGCCGUGACGACGCUCGAGGAGUCGAAACGGACCGCCCGGCGUGUUCUCGGCAGCGCCCACCCAACAGUAAGCUGGAUAGAGCGGUCCCUGCGAGAUGCGCGAGCGGCGCUCCGCGCCCGCGAGACGGGGGACGCCUAA